UAUAUUAGUUCACUCAAGUGGACGAGAAACCAAUUGUUUCUCCAUAGUCGCAUGUUGCAGCAGAAUAGACGUGUGAACUCCUGGAAUGCGUUUGUUAAAGCUCGACUUCAGGAUGCAAAUGAAGGACUAGGCAGAGGGGAUCGCUUCAAACUUACGGUGUUCAUUGCGCAAAACAAGGCGAGAUUGCUGCGGGAUUAUGGAAGACUCACCGUUGCUGAAAAGAAAGGUUACAACAUUCGUGUUCUCAAAGCUCGAGAAGUGAAGAACCAUACCGCACGCGCAAACCCUAAAGCCGUCAAACACGAUGUGAAUGCUGCAUUCAUGGCGUCUUAUCAGCCAAUCAACUACAAGGAGAAAAGGUGGAUGGCUCUUCAUGCGUGCACCGGUAUGGAAGGUUUUUACGUUGCUGUGCAUGGCGGAAUCGAGGACCUUGCGGAGCCGAAAGUGUUUUUCACCAAGAAGUCUCAAAAGUUCGUUCAGGAUGUACUAGGAAUCGAGCUGCAGCACCUCGGACUCAAAUUAGAAGCCUUCAUUAUUAGCGAGCUGGACGAACGCGUGUCUCUCAACCAUGCAUGGCCACUCAACAAACUCAUCGGCGAAUGUCGCGAGCUUAUUCAAGCCGAGCUAGAUUUCAUUUUGAUGGAGAAAAAUGUGUUGAGCAAGGUUAAAAUGAACUACACUAACUAUGAGCGUGCUAUCGUCGAACAUUAUGGCAUAGAGCUA